AUGCUGUGUAUUGUCAAGGCGACAUUGGCAGGCGAGCAUAGGCGAUUCACCCUCGCCAACCUCGACCGCACCAAUAUUCAGCAGAAUGGAUCCAUAUUCAGCUUUGAGACCCUUCACUCCAAGCUCUGUGCGUUGUUCAACCAACAAAAGCUGACUAUCAUCUUCGAGGACCAAACUGGGGCCCAGGGACGCAUCCAAGACGACGCCGAUGUCUUCGCCGCAGUUCUCAGUUCGUGCGACCUUGUGCCACCAAAUGCCUCGAUGGUCGUUAUCCGUCUGAGUGUCCAGCCCAAUGAAGAUCCUCAGAUCGUUGCUCCCCUUACUCGUCCUAUCAAGGAUACUGCUCCCGUACCACCCCGCUACAUGUCCACGUGCUCCUCGACGGUGAUCCUGUCUGAAAAGAUCUCAGAGAGCAGCGCUCAAAAGGCUGCUUGUCAGGAGAGUAAUCACAAAAAGGCCGAAUCUUGUGCCAAAAAGGGAUUCUGCAAGCCCGUUACAGUCAAAAAGUCGUCCAAGAAAAGCGCUUGCAAAAAGGAUACCAACUCGACGACGCAAGGCGAAGUGAUCCAUAGGAACGUCUUUUGUGAUCUCUGCUUGAACAUGAUCAAGGGAAUACGGCACAAGUGCCAGAGCUGCGACAAUUAUGACCUUUGCCAUAGUUGUCUGAUUUUUGCAGCAGAGAAACAUCGUCCUGAUCAUGUCUUCUACGCGCUCACGAAGCCUAUCGAGAAUACGCGACCCCGCAUUGCGGUGGAAGGAAACUUUUCGACCGGUUCAUCCUCGCAGUCGUCGUCCCGCAGCGUGAGACAUUCGGCCACAUGCGACCUGUGCACAGUGAUCAUUUGCGGUACCCGCUACAAAUGCUUCGUGUGCCCAGACUAUGACUUGUGCCAAGAAUGUCUUCCGUUGGCACAACUCCAUCACAAGGGCCACAGUUUUGCGCCAAUAACCUACCCGGGCCAGGUGAAGAUUAACCUUGACAAGACCCAUCAUUUCGACGUUGUAUGCGAUGCAUGCAAUAGCGAUAUAUGCGGCGUCCGAUACAAGUGUGGAAACUGCCCUGACUAUGAUCUCUGUGGCAACUGCGAGGCUUCACCAGUCCCUGUGCACGAUCCUCAUCAUCUCUUUAUCAAAAUUCGGACGCCCAUCAGCGAGCGCAUGGGAAGAGUGCAUCCCCUCCUGCCUAUAAUGUACAAGAAGGGAUGGGGAGCAGAUGUUUGCUACCAUUCCCAGGCUACGAAUAAACGCUGUCCUAUCAGUGCCACAUCCACUUCUGCCCCGAACCAACUCUCUGCUGCAGAGGCAUCAUCCAGUGUGGCAGCGCCGCCACUAGCACUAGCCUCGUCCAGUGUGACAGAAAUAGUACCAGCAGUGGUGCCUGAUGUCCUCGUUCCUCUCUCGCCACCAGUCGAAACAAUCGCCAUGGUGCCAGCUGCCAUUGCUGAUACCAUGCCCGGAGCUUACGCGAAAGAUCCGGCAUGCAAAGCCAUAUUUGUCAAGGACAUCAACCUACACGAUGGCACAAUGAUCCAGGCAGGCUCUCAGUUUCUGAAGAUCUGGGAAAUGUCUAACUCUGGCUCCUGCGAUUGGCCCAAGGACACGGUGGUUCAAUUCGUAGGUGGCGACCGCAUGUUUACGGAUGUUGACAUGCAUGCUAAGACCCCAUGUUUCAAGAUUCCGCUGGCGACUGUUGGUGAGUCGGUCUGUGUUACUGCAGAUCUGAAGGCACCAGCGUCCCCAGGCCGCUACAUUUCGUACUGGCGCCUAGUUGCACCCACAGGUGAGCCUUUUGGUCAGCGUGUGUGGUGCGACAUCCUUGUUGAGGAGGCCUCCGAGAGUGGUUCAGAUUCCGUCAGUUCCUCGGCCAUGAUCUUCCCUACGGUCGACUAUCAGGAGAGCAGCAAUGCGAGUGCUACGUUUCCCAAGAUCGCUGAUAAUAUGGUGACAGCGACGGUCACAGAGACGGCUACGGCGACUACGACACCCUCUAUGGCAAAUAGUUACCAUGCGGAGACAGCGACGACAACAUCGAUGACUGAGAAUCAGCUUUCAAUGACAUCUGAACGGUACACGACCCGUUCUAGGGCGUUGUCGAUGUAUGGAUACGACGAGUAUGCAGAUGACCGAACAGAGACAGAGACGGAGCUAGGAAGCGAUGGGAUCACGACGACGGAUCGAUUCUUUUCUGACGACGAGGAUGAGUUUGUGGUUGUUAUCGAGAGCGAUGAUGACUAG